GGUCCAGUCUCCUCCCAGUCAGGUUACAGCUCUCCUCCUCCCUGCUCUCUGUUGCUGCUGAUGGUGCAGGAAGGAGGAGGAGGAGGUGGACUUGGGGCCCAGGCAUGGUGAUGGAGCUGGUGCUGCUCUCCCUGGCGAUGUGUGUGGCCGAGUCCCAGGCCCAGGCGGAUGUCACCCCGGCUCAGUUCAGACCCUAUGUCGUGCUGCUCAAACAGAACAUGGUAUUGCUGGGAAGCAUUCUAAGCAUAUUGUUAAUUGCAAUGAUCAUUUUGGCGGUGUGUGUCUACAAGCCCAUCAGACGAAGGUAGAGACAACGAUGGAUUGAGAUCCAAUCAAUUCACGCAGGACUUUAAAACAGACUGUGUCCUCUUAUGACUAACUGUCGAAGUGAUCUACAUCAAGAAUGAAUCCCUAUCCAAAUCCUAUAAUGCCAGGACGUUAUCUUGAAGGGCCAGUAUUAUUUACACUACAGUAUUACUACACUGGAUACGCAAGUUAUGAUAUAUCACUCAAACAAUGAUAAUUAUAACCAAUUUUGACUUAAAGUAAACAUGAAUUUUUGUUUUUUAUUAUAUGUAAUAAACCAUGAAUACUACUCCAACAAUCAUACAUGCAUACAUACAAAUAUUAAAUAGUAUGUUAUCUUUCUACACAGACUUUACAGACUUUACUACCAGACCAAAAUAUCUACGCAAUAAAUAAUCUACCAUUUUGAUUUAUUUUACCAAA